UAGUCACUCUCCAUCGGACAAUUCACUUCAUCUUUCGAUCUCAGCUGUCAUCCGAGCGCAAAACACAUCCACUGCUCUCAUAGCCAAUGCAUCGAGGGGAGUCUAGAGACUUAACGGAUACCCUUACGCAUGAGACCUGAAUGGCGAAACAGACCCGCAUUGUUCGGAGUGUGAUAAGAGCACCGUCGUGUAUUCCCUACGGUGUGGUGUUCGCAGCAUUCGAGAUCGAUACGGGCACUCACUCAGCAACCAGCAACCAGCAGAGAGCAGCUUGCCGUAUUGCCUUGCCAAGCCUCGGGCAGGGUAACCAAACGGGCAGAUGGCGCUCCCCGAAGAGGGAGACAAAACGCCCUCCAAUCUCAGCCUCGGACGAUCUGAUUCGAUCAGCCCCCAAAUCCGACUCUCCUGGCAUACCAGAAGGGAUACUGCGCUUCUUCCAGCCAGCAACGCGGGAGCAGACACAACAGACAUACGGCAGUUUGAAGACAUCGACCGUAUUCGCCAAUGUUAUUGUUAUAAAUGUCCAGCAAGACCGUGCUUCACUCGGACUGCACCUAAAACCUCAUUUGACGUUGAUAUUUGCGGCCUGCAGGUCCUCCCCUCCCCGUCGUCUUUUUUGCUUUUCUUCAUCUCAUUCACAUUGCGUCUUGAUCGGAUCGGGGAGCCGCCUUCCAUCGUCACGGUCCUCCGUCGAACAAGACUAAGGCCUCAGCCCUCAGGGAACAGCGUGACAGCAUCAUCCUGGAAUCUCAUCGCCAAUCUGAAACGUAAACGAGCCUUUCGUGGGCGAGAGCAUUGGAGCAAAAUCUUUUUGAUGGGGCUUGUUCAUAUGAGCAGACGAUCAUGGGGAAUUUGAUUAAUAUCUGCAAAGUACGGAUACAACUGCACUACGGAUAUAGCUGCGC